CAGUAGACCUCAACCAUUUUCAGAAAGACUACGAAGGGCUUUUAAGCUACAGCACAGGGGGUUAAGAUCUAAAGGCAGAAAGGAAAAUGUGGAGGAAGACGUCAUCGCUUCUAGUAAGAAGAACUUUUCUCAGUCGGAAAACGGCGGCUCUGAAGUUCCGGGAGUCAUUUUUUUAUUAUCAGGUACCCAAUUCAGAGUUUCGAAAGUUUAGCGUACCAUGUAUAGAAUCCUUGUUUCAUAAAUCGGAUUUCUCUAUCCGGAUAUGUGGAAAUUUUGAAUUUUGUCCAAACCCGAGAUUUUUCUCAACGAACCCAUCUGAAAAUUACGAGGAAGAGCUUGCGGAAUCGGAAGCCAAUGAAGGGUUCGAGGGGAGCUUGAAUAAUGUGUUUGAUGAAAGUACGAGCUCCAUUUCGUCGGAAUUGGAAGCUGGGUCUUCGAUUUUCAAUGAAGACGCGGAUGGCUUAGAGUUAAAUUAUGGUUUGGCUGCUGAAAUUGAUCAGAGUUCUGUUUCUAUGGACCAAAAGUUUGGUUCUUUUGCAACGGAGGAUGAGGAAAUUGAAAAAAUGGAGGUGAAUGAUAUGGAAAAGGUGCAAAGUUUGUUGUCAUUGCUUCAGAGCAGUGGUAUUGCCGAUGGGUCUCCAGAGGAGGACUUUGAAAAAAUUGGUUUGGUUUUGAAUGAAGAUUUUGUGACUAUGGUGCUUGAAACACCGUAUGUUCCAGGGGAGAACUUAAUUGGUUUUUUCAGGUGGGUUUUGAAGAAAUCGGAGUUUAAGGUGACAACACAGGUGCUUGACGCACUUGUUAGUGCAAUAUGCAAGGCAAAUAGGAAGAGAGAAGCGUAUGCUUUAUGGGACCUGGUGCAGGAAGUUGGGGAGAAGGAGAAGGGCAUCCUGAGUACUGAGAGUUUAACCGAAUUAAUAGCACUAUUAUCGAGGUUAGGGAAAGGGAAGGCGGCAUUUGAUGUGUUCAAUAAGUUUGGCGAGUUUGGAUCGCUUACAAAUCCUGAUACAUAUUAUAUUACGAUUGAAGCUCUUUGUAAGAGGUCAUUUUUCGAUUGGGCUUGUACAGUUUGUGAGAAGAUGUUACAAGAGGAUAAACUUCCGAAUAGCGUGAGAGUUGGAAAAAUAAUUUCUUAUUUGUGCAGAGGAAGUAAGGCUAAAGAUGCACACUCGGUUUAUCUGUCUGCUAAGGAUAAGAAAAUAUAUCCUCCUCGGUCUUCUGUAAAUUUUUUGAUCAGCUCCCUUUGUCGACUUAGGCAAACUGAUAAAGAAACACCUAUGGAAAUUGAUAAGGAAACUGAUAGGGAAACUGUUUCCUUGGCUUUAGAGAUGCUGAAGGAUUAU